UGGACAGAAUAAAAUCAAAAUGUAAAUACAUGUAUAGAAUUGACAACGAAGUCGGAUGAUACAUAGACUAAGAUUUUACAGACUUCGAGACCAUAGAUAUGUAUAACAUCUAUAGUAGUUUGUUUGCUGCUGCAAUUGUCUCAGUAUUUACCAGUCCGGUAUUCUCAAAUACAGUUGAUCUACUGUUCAAUUCCUACAACUGUGAUGAGAUUUCGAGGACGGUUUCGCUAGAUAAAACCUACAUUUUAUCAUGGUAUGGUAAAAUAAGCCCACAUUUGUGUACUUUUAAUUUCACUGGUGGCGGUAAUGGAGAGUCCUAUAUAAACAUGCAGCUUUGUUUUGAAUCUGAGGAGUAUGAGUUACCAUCUUAUGACGUAGAGUUGAUAGUUUCAGGAGAAACUCAGAAAUGGGUUUAUGAUGGCUCACAGAAACAGAUUCAAAGAAAAUGUAUAGAAAGAGCCUAUGAGUUGAUUUUUAAGAUGAAACCAACAAAUAAUUAUGCAGAGUUGUCUUGGAAUCUAAAACUGAAAAUAACAAGUAAAAAACUUUCAAAUGCAGACGCCGGUUGGAAUUUGGGAGAGUAUAUACAAAACACAGCCUUAGAAAUUUUACCCUUUCUGAUUGCUGCUGUUGUAAUAUUCUGUUGCUUUAGAAAUGAAAAGCUGAGAAACGGAUUUUUUACUCGUAUAAGGAAACUUCUUAAAAUUGGCAGUUCCAGCUCGAGUCAACAAUCUACAGAUACUCUAAUAGAAGGCUCAAGAAGAUUAUCUAUCAAUGAAAAUCGUCUUAACUACGAAUCAACGGAUAUAACAAAUAUCCAAGACAAUGAUUCAACAUCGCUGUCAGAAUUCUCAUUGACGUUUCCGUCUGAAGAGGGAGAGUUUGCCACUGGACAGUGUGUUCCUUCCGCGCCAUACGAAUUAGUGCCACAAGGACCGCCUUCAAAUGGACCACAAGCACCACCUCCAAGCUACGAUGAUGUGGUUGGAAAAUCGCAAAUGAAAUCGGGACUUAGAUAAUAACAGAAUUUUAACUUUCAUCUUGAAAAAUUAAAUACUUCAUAUAUUGUAUAUAAUUCUUGUGCAAUAUAACAUUGAAAACAUAAAU